UGGUCAGCGCAACAGAUCCCCACGGCCGUUAAUCUCGGUUUUGUAGACCGGGUUUUUUUUAUUAUUAGAUCCAAUUCUUUAUUUGUGCUUUAUGGUAGCUCCGUUUUUGGAGCUGGAUCAACAUUUUUGAGGACGAGAACUAAUGGUGUCAAUGUCAAAAUCAUAUAAAAUGAAAAACGAACUUAGGAGUGCUAGUGAGGUAACUCUCACAAAUUAUAUGACCGGAAGUGGAGGGGGAGGUUACGAUACCCCCCCAGGUGACAAUGUGUCUUCAACUUCAACAGUGGAUGUCGUGGGGCUAACGAACUUUGCAAAUUCCGAUUUGAGCCUUGCGAAUAGGAACAAAGGAGUGCUUGUCAGCAGCAAUGCAGACGACAUACUGUUCAGUCAUAAUAACAAUCACACACACCACCCGCUGCACCAGCUUCACCAUCUGCACCACCAUUUACACAGGCCUUAUGACAGAACAGCGCCAUGGACCACCGUGAAUGGGCACUCUGUUUUGAAUGGUAAUUGUGACAACGUUGCUGUUACACUCUCAGAGCUAGGGAAAGCUGAAAUCGAUGGAGCUAGACACCCCAGAAGAGGAUUCCAUCAUUCUGGUGUCGGAUCAGCUGGAGGUGUUGACGGCAGCACCCCAGGAGGUGGAAAUGAUGGGAACAGCAGUAGGUCAGCGAUCCACUGGGUAGUGAAGCGAGCGCGUCGUAGUUGUACUCGCAAACUGUUGUACAAAAGAGUUCCAAUCCUCAGCUGGCUUCCUCAGUACACUUGUCGUGCAGCCAUUUCGGACAUUGUGGCUGGAUUUACUGUUGGUCUCACAGUCAUACCCCAAGCCAUUGCUUAUUCCAAUGUCGCAGGUUUACCUCCACGGUAUGGACUGUAUUCUUCCUUUAUGGCAUGUUUUGUUUAUGCCAUAUUUGGCUCGUGUAAGGAUUCUCCAGUGGGUCCUACAGCCAUCGCCGCCAUUCUAACUCGAGAGAACCUCCAUGACUUGGGUCCAGAGUUUGCUGUUCUGCUCUGUUUUCUCUCAGGCUGUGUAGAAUUACUUAUGGGGAUACUUCAGCUAGGUUUUUUGAUUGACUUCAUCUCUGGACCUGUAUCUGUUGGUUUUACAUCUGCAGCAGCCAUCAUUAUUGCAACAACACAAAUUAAAGAUGUUUUAGGCCUCAGUUUUCCGGGUAGCAAAUUUCUGGAUGUAUGGGAAAGGUUGUUUGAACAUAUCUCAGAAACACGGCUAUGGGAUACAAUUCUUGGGUUUACAUGUAUGGCAGUCCUGCUUCUUCUAAGGAAGGUGAAGGAUAUUCCUGUGGGUCCGCAAGACGUCAAGGAGAGAACAAAGGUCCAGAAGGCAGUGAAUCAGUUCCUGUGGUUUAUAUCUACAUCAAGGAAUAUUCUUGUGGUGGUUGUCUGUGCUGUCAUGGCAUAUCUCUUUGAAGUCCAUGGCUCACAACCAUUCAUCCUCACCGGCAUUGUCAAGGCAGGACUUCCACCGUUCCAUCCACCCCCAUUCUCAGCACAGGUUGGCAACCACACCUACACCUUUCUGGAGAUGGCGUCUAACCUUGGCUCUGCAACCUUUGUUGUCCCUUUGCUCGCAAUUCUUGAGAAUAUUGCACUGGCAAAAGUAUUUGCGGAGGGGAAGGCCAUAGAUGCAACUCAGGAAAUGAUUUCGAUAGGCAUAUGCAACAUUCUCUCUUCCUUUGUUAGUUCCAUGCCAGUAUCUGGUGCCCUCUCUCGUGGAGCCGUAAACCAUGCCAGUGGUGUGGAAACAACAUUUGGUGGUGUUUAUACUGGUAUCCUCGUGAUCCUGUCCCUGCAGUUCUUCACACCAUACUUCUAUUACAUUCCGAAAGCGUCCCUGGCUGCAGUCAUCAUUGCUGCUGUGGUUUUCAUGGUCGAGUUCCAUGUUGUGAAACCAAUGUGGAGAACAAAAAAAGUGGAUCUAAUUCCUGCAUUUGCCACAUUCCUGUCCUGCCUCUUCAUCCGCUUGGAACUUGGAAUAGUUAUUGGUAUUGGUAUUAAUGUUUUGUUCUUGCUGUAUGCUUCAGCACGACCAAGUGUUCGCGUAGAGAAGGCAGUUAGCCCAUCUGGAUGUGAAUAUAUAUUGAUCACCCCAGACAGAAGUCUUGUGUUUCCAUCUGUUGAAUAUGUGCGAAAUCUAGUGUCAAAAGCAGGCAUGAAGCAGGGGUCUAGUUCUGUACCAGUUGUGAUUGACAGCAGGCACAUUCAAGGUGCAGACUUCACUGCUGCCAAGGGUAUCAAGUCUCUGAUAGAGGACUUUGUCAGACGGAACCAGCCCAUUUUGUUCUACAAUCUGAAACCCAGUAUAGUGGAGAUUUUCCAGGGUGUUCAACCUAAAGAUUUCAAGUAUUGCAGAAAUGAGAAUGAGCUUAAUGAAUUACUGAAAGGCAAACAACGCCGUGCUACAGUUGCGUGAAUGAGUGAUGUAGUCAUUUGGAUUUAAUUUUAGAUUUUUACAUUUGCUGUGUUGAUAUAUUUUAUGAUAUUUAAACUUUAAGAGAACACAGUGAUUGGAAACUGAGGAUUUACAGAUGGAAGCACUGGUAAAAUUGCUAAAGGAUAAAACAAGGACCUUUAAGUUGUGGGAUACUCGUACAUUCCUAUAGUUACUGAUUUUGGGCUUUCAUGGUGGUUCAUUGUUGAUGGUGAUGCUGCAGUUGGGUCCUGCCACCGUGCGGAUAUGGACAGGGACGCUGAUGUUCUGGAAGUAUAUGCUGUCUCUUUAUUCAGUGUUGAAGUGAGCAGGAUGAUUCAGCAUGAGUUUAUAAUAGAUAUUAGUGCAACAGACCCAAGUGGUGAAGUGUACUGGCUAGUGCUCAGUCUUAUCCAAUGGAGAGAGCACCAGCCUCCCCCCUCCCCCCAUUAGUUUGUUGAAUGAAAUCCUGUAUAUACUUCAACACUCACUCACCUUACUCUCUUCAACCCUGAAGACAGAGGCAACAUGUAUGUCCAAAACAUCAACAACACCAUCCAAAUCCACACAGUGUAAAGGCCAAGGAGCAGAAUCAACAUUGUUUCUAUAGUUACUUAGAAAAAAAUGGUGAUGUAAAAUCUGAAGCCAUGAUGAAGAGCGAAUGUAAAGCAAAUUUGGAUGAAUGUAUUGUGGGUAGUCUGACAUAUAAUAUGGUAUUACUCAUUUACAGAAUAUCCAGUCCCUUAUUUUAUCUGGAUUAAAUGAGGACACUGGUCCUAAGCAGUAACCUGCAGCAUUCUUCACAGUAGCUACUACUUCUAAGUAAUUGUCAGGUACACCAACUUUUAUGAUUAAAUAUACCGUGAUAUUACAAAUGUGGGUAUAAUGUAGCCAUACUCUAAAAUUAUCAGAUCAUAUUAGAUAAAAUGGUUUUAUCUUUAGAAUAAAUCCCUGAGAUAAGUAAUCAUCUUACAAGGAGGCUGAUAUUAUUAGAAUAUGCUAAUUGUUAGGUAAAACUAAGAAAUUCACAUGGACAUUUGUAAUAAAUUUUUUUGUGACCAAACUGUAUGUUAAAUAUGCCUUAUUUUCUACAUGGAUGCUGGAUUUAUUAAGUAUUAUUGUCAGGAAAUUUACAAGUAGCAGUGGUUUGGAUUUUAAGGCUACAAACUGACUAUAAACAACAUAAUCAUGGUUAUGAUCUGACUUUGAAUAAUAAAUAUUAAUAUCACCAAUUUUUAUAAUGUGAAUGAAGUGAUGAAAACCAAAGAGCAUUAUAGAGUUUGUGAUACAAAAGAGUAGUAAAGAAAGUCUAAGUUUCUCUUUUUAUAUUAUUAUCGAUACUACUCAAUCUAGAAGUGAAACUAUGCGUGGUGUUUGCAAACUACAUAUUAAGUUGAUAUAAAAUGUAUUAUAAAAUUUUAGAUCUUAGGUCUUCCAUACAUUGUAUAAUUAAGUGCAAUGACAAAAUUGUAAUAAGUACUAUAAGAAUGUUUAAAAAGUUAUUUUUAGUGUAACACAUUUUUUUAUAUUGUAGUCUAUAAUAGACAUUUAGAGAUAGAUGGUGAUUGUCAAAGAAUAUGAUAGUGAUCUUAUCAUGUACGCAUAGUAUUCAUUAUGAGAAUCGCUGUAUAUAAUAUAGCAGUAUUUUUGUUAAAUCAGCUGAUGAAAUCUGUGACAAUACUUUAAACAAAUAAAAACGUAACAGAGAGGAGCUGUAUCCGUUUACUCUGGUUAAUGGAUUUUAAUGCCUCUGUUUAUCAUAAGAAGAUAAAACAUCUUCUUUAGGCAGACACUUUUUGAAAACACAGAGCAUAGGCAUAUAUGUUAUUUACAUUAUUCUGAAUAACAACAUAAAACUUCUUGUGUUUUUGUUGUUGUUGUUGCAUCAACUGAAUGAUUGUUCAUGUCAUACUGGGAGACACCAACUUAUACAUUAAAAUUAAUGAAUACUAAUUAUUGUUUUUGGAGGUACAUUAGUCAUCAUUUUUAAAAUGAAUGACUGUUUUCUGAGGUGUAACAAUGAGAGGAAAGAAGUGAAAGUGGCAGAGAAUAGAAAAAAGUUUGGACUGUGAGUGAGUGAACAUGAACAUGAGAUAACAAUGGCAAUUUAAUUGGUCAAGACUGUUGAAACAUAUCACAAUGACUUGGAAUUUGAGGUUUAUACUUUGGGAAAGAAUAUUUAACUCAAGCAUAUAAUAAAUUCAGGAUAAAUAUUUGACAAUCUAUAGAAGACAUUCCCAUUGUUCUUUUAACUCCCAAGUGAAAAUAUUGCUGCCAUUAAACUGCCAUAUUUUAAAGGAUGCACUUUCAAACUUAUGCUCUCAUCAUACUUGAACACACACAAAUGCCAGUAUCUCAACACAUACAAAGGAAGUGCCUAAUUUAUGUUACUGUAUUUAGUUUUAAGUUUUAGUCUAAUAAUAAGCCAAUUUAGUCCAUCAGUAUCUUGUCCUGCAUGAGAUACUGAAUAUGGUCACUGGUGCACCAGUUAUAUAACAUGAAUUUAUUUCAUGCCCACAUUAAAGAAAAGUGCAGUACAUGAACUUCAAGAUGGAGGACAUGUAAUAAUUUUUAUAUUAAACUCCUUAAUUAAGAGAACACAGAUUAGGUACUAUUAUGCAUGGCAGUAAUAUUGUCUGAGGAUGUAGUAUGACCCAAUAUUUUAAGUAAGUGAUCUUGUCUGUUGUCUAGAUCAAAUUGUUACUGCUGCAAUACAAGAUGGUUGAAAGUCUGUUGGUAGUGUGCACUGCUGACAGACAUAAUAAUUCUGUUCCUAGGAGGAAACUGUUGUUGAGAGAAAGACUUUAAUUUAUGUAUAAUCAACCAAAGUAGAUACUCAGAAUGUACUGUUCUCUGUUAAGACUGCAAUAUAUUCCAAGUAAAAUGCAACCGGUUUUCUUUUAAGUUAACAAAUGUUAUAUAUUCUGACAUAGCACUUUAACUUAGUCCAGCAAGGAACUUAUACUUCCUGUUACUAACCAAUUCAGUGGUGUCUGUGUGAUAAUUCAGGUAGUACAACAGCUUACACGUUUCAAAGUGGAGGAGAAUAUUGUUGUACUCAGGGUUUCAAGAAGUUGAUACCCUAUCAGAAAUAGAAAGCAGACAUUCUGGUUGUGUUUUGAGAGGGAGCCUUUGUAAUUUGUUCUCUACAAGAUGUAUUGCAGUCUGAAAUGGAAGUGACUUUGUAAUAUUUUGGUUUAUGUAUACUUAUUAUGAAUGUGCUGCAUAGCAGUCAAUGAACUGUAUGUUAGGCUGACUUCGUGGUGUUAAGUUUAGAGUGAUUUGCUCAGGACUGAAGUUGUUGCAAAUCGUGAUUGUUGGCAACACAGUUAAUAUAUUUGAAUUAUUUAAAGAAAGCUUGAUGUAGUAUCUACAACUUGCACUGUAUCAUAAAGCUGAAAUAAUGAAUAUGAAUAAAAUAAGUUAUGCAGUUGUUUACA